AUGAUACGGCUUGUGUUUUCUUUUUUACUGGUGACAAUACCACCCAAGAUCCUUGGUGAUCUUGAGGUCCAACCCCGCAUAGUUGGAGGUUCUUACGCGAACAUUGAGGAAUUUCCCUAUCAAGCGGAAGUAAUUGCGGAUUACACCAUGAUUUGCAGUGGUGCCAUCGUCAAUCCAAAAGCCAUCCUCACGGCAGCUUCAUGUGUCUCUGGAUACUAUACAAGUUCGAUUAAUGUGCGAGUGGGAACCAGUUCCAGGGAUUACGAUGGAACCGGAUUUCUGGUUCCGGUUUGCGGCAUAGUCAUUCAUCCGCAGUACAAUUACUGGCGAUUCGACAACAACUUGGCCUUGCUGCAGCUCUGCGAUGCCCUCGAGACCUCGGAAAGUAUUAGGCCCAUCCAAAUCAUCGACGAUGUGCCGUAUGACAACACAUGGGCAGUGGUUACCGGCUGGGGAUCCACCAGUUGGUGGAACAGUUGGUGGGACCGGUGCUUCGGCGGUCUGCCGGACUAUCUCCAGAUGGCUUGGGUUAGCAUCUACAACUUGGAUCAGUGCGCCGCGGAUCGGGCUGUUUGGUUCGACCUCUGGGACAAUGGCAUCUCGGGGCUCACCCUCUGUACUCAAUAUGGAUCGGGAGGAUGUUCCUACGACGCGGGAGCUCCACUGGUGCAGGACAACAAGCUCGUGGGCAUUCUAUCCGAAGGCGGCUGUGGCAAAAAACCCGAUGUCUACGCGAGUGUGACUUGGUUUCAAAAUUGGAUAGCGGCGAAUACUGAAAGUGAUGAAACGAGCACUUCCAGUAUUUCUACUACUAUAAGUCCUACUUCAUCUAGUUCCACUGUCUCUAGUUCUAUUAGUACAACUUCAUCUCGUUCCAUUAUCAGUAGUUCUGUUAGUACAACUGAUUCUACUAGUUCCAGUUCUAUAAGCUCUUCUCCUUCUAGUUCUACUUCUAGUUCUUCUAGCUCUACUCCUUCUAGUACUAGUUCUUCAAGCUCUACUGAUUCUAGUUCUAGUUCUUCCAGCUCUACUCCUUCUAGUACUAGUUCUUCAAGCUCUGCUGAUUCUAGUUCUAGUUCAUCUAGCUCUACUCCUUCUAGUACUAGUUCUUCAAGCUCUACUGAUUCUAGUUCUAGUUCUUCUAGCUCUACUCCUUCUAGUACUAGUUCUUCAAGCUUUACUGAUUCUAGUUCUAGUUCAUCUAGCUCUACUCCUUCUAGUACUAGUCCUUCAAGCUCUACUGAUUCUAGUUCUAGUUCACGGCCUCCAGGAUAAAGCCAAAGUUUUCAUUGAGUGGAACCAAAAAAAAAAAACAGCAAUUGUCUUUAGGUGACAAAAAAACACUUUUUAUAAAAUUAAUUAAUUUUUUCAGUAAAUAUAAAUUUAAUAAAGGCUUAUAUUUCUUUAAAAUAGUUCACCAAAUUCAUAAAAUAACUAAAAACUUGUGCAAUUUUUACAUCUAACUACCGAAUAAAAAACUUUUUAACACCCCUUAAUAUAAAAAAUAGAACAAAUGUAACACUUUCAACCUUAGCUGGUUUAAGCCUCA